AUGGCUGACAAUGACUUCCUCUUUCUUCCUGCCAUCAGUGUGAAUGGGGUGCUGCAGCCAGGUGAACCACUCUCCCAUGAUAUGGUUCAGAAGUGGAUUGAUGAGGGAGUGGCAGGUGCUGGGAUUCCUGGAACGUUCUCCACACAUUGCUACCAUCAGGGAGGAGUGCAGUACAGGUUCAUGUAUGCCCCAGUGGGGCAGUGA